AUGGAGGAACUUGUUGUGGAACUGCCUGGGGCUAUGUCAUCAUCUGUAGGAGAUCUUCAGAAUCAACAAAAGUUGAGAACCUUGCCAGUGAGGUUUGGAGAUGGACAACUAUAUACCUGGACAGAUGGUUUGAAAAGAAAGGACUGGCAUGACUAUGAACAUAUUCAAAAAGAUGCCAUGCGUUUAGGGAAAGGUGAACAAGGAAAGCCAUAUCCUCUCACAGAAGAAGACGGUGAUGAUUCUGCUUAUCGGGAAAAUGGUUUCAAUAUUUUUGUAAGCAACAAUAUAGCCUUGGAGCGAUCACUGCCAGACAUUCGACAUCCUAACUGUAAAGACAAGUUAUACUUGGAGAAGCUCCCAAACACUAGUAUAAUUAUCCCAUUUCAUAACGAAGGUUGGACUUCACUUCUGCGGACUAUACACAGCAUUAUCAACAGGACACCAAAUAGCCUGAUAGCAGAAAUUAUUCUUGUGGACGACUUCAGUGAUAGAGAACAUUUAAAAAAAAACCUGGAGGAAUAUAUGGCACAUAUUGACAAAGUGAGAAUUGUGCGCACCAAGAAGCGGGAAGGACUUAUUCGCACCAGAUUACUUGGAGCUACAAUAGCUAAAGGAGAAGUAUUGACUUUUCUAGAUUCACACUGUGAAGUUAAUGCGAACUGGCUACCUCCUUUACUAAACCAGAUUGCACUGAACUAUAAAACUAUUGUAUGUCCCAUGAUCGAUGUCAUUGACCACAAUCACUUUGGGUAUGAGGCACAAGCAGGGGAUGCCAUGCGUGGAGCCUUUGACUGGGAGAUGUAUUACAAAAGAAUACCAAUUCCACCGGAGCUCCGAAGGACUGAUCCCAGUGAUCCUUUUGAAUCUCCUGUUAUGGCUGGAGGUCUCUUUGCUGUUAAUAGAAAGUGGUUUUGGGAUCUUGGUGGCUAUGACCCUGGAUUGGAAAUCUGGGGAGGAGAACAGUAUGAAAUAUCAUUCAAGGUCUGGAUGUGUGGAGGUGGCAUGUUUGAUGUUCCAUGUUCUAGAGUUGGGCACAUCUAUAGGAAAUAUGUUCCCUAUAAAGUCCCAUCUGGCACCAGUUUAGCAAGGAACCUGAAACGUGUGGCAGAAACUUGGAUGGAUGAGUUUGCUGAAUAUGUUUAUCAGCGGCGUCCUGAAUAUAGGCAUCUUUCCACUGGUGAUAUUUCAGCCCAGAAGGAGCUUCGCAAGCAUCUCAAGUGCAAGGAUUUCAAGUGGUUCAUGGCUGCAGUGGCUUGGGAUGUCCCCAAGUAUUUUCCACCAGUGGAGCCGCAACCUGCUUCCUGGGGAGAGAUUCGGAAUGUGGCAUCUAAUCUCUGUAUGGACAGUAAGCAUGGUGGAACAGGCACUGAACUUAGACUAGAUAUAUGUGUGAAGGAUGGUUCUGAACGGACAUGGUCACAUGAGCAGCUGUUCACCUUUGGUUGGAGAGAAGACAUCCGUCCAGGGGAACCUCUUCACAGCCGAAAAUUCUGCUUCGAUGCAAUUUCACACAGUAGUCCUGUCACACUUUAUGACUGUCAUGGUAUGAAAGGCAACCAGCAUUGGAACUAUAGGAAGGACAAAACUUUAUUCCAUGCUGUGAGUGGCAGCUGCAUUGAUUGCAAUCCAGCAGAGAAGAAGAUUUUCAUGAAUAGAUGUGAUCCUUUAUCUGAAACUCAACAGUGGAUUUUUGAGCAUAUUAAUAUGACUGUUAUAGAAAAAAUUAUCAUCAAAGAAACCAGCUCUUAG